AGAUGUACAGGACCUGAGAGUAGAUUGUGCUAUUUUAAGCAUCUAAUGCCCCACCCUUUUCAACCCCCAUUUUUUUCCUUCUUUCAUGCCUAUUCAUGCCUAUUACCCCAAUAGUUCUCUACAGGAAUGAAUCAUUCAUCACUACCACCUUCUUACGUUCCAGCAUCUGAGAUCGGACGAACUACCACCAUCCUUUAUAAGGAAUUAUGUCUGCCCAGUGAGUUAACAUCAUAAAGAAAGAUUACUUUUUUAAUUGAAUUCAUUAAACCAAAGGCAGCUCCUAGAAUCUGGGAGAAGGACAACUGCUUUAGGAAGAAAGGAGGGAUCUCUGUACAGCAGCAAACCCUGAAACCCUGACAAGGACUUAACAAAGACACAGAUGAAAUAGCAAGGCUAUACCAGUGAAGAUGGCUUUCCACGUGGAGGGGCUAGUGGCUAUCAUCAUUUUUUACUUAGCUAUCCUUUUCGUGGGCCUCUGGGCUGCCUGGAGAACAAAAAACUUGCGUGGUGAUGGAGAUCCUAGAGAAGGAAUUAUUGUGGGAGGCAGAGAUAUUGGGCUACUUGUGGGGGCAUUCACUAUGACAGCGACAUGGGUUGGUGGAGGAUACAUCAAUGGGACAGCAGAAGCCGUUUAUGUGUCAGAUUAUGGCUUGGCGUGGGCGCAGGCACCUAUAGGCUACUCCCUCAGUCUGAUUGUUGGUGGCCUGUUUUUUGCCAAACCCAUGCGAUCAAGAGGCUAUGUAACAAUGCUGGAUCCAUUUCAGCAGAUCUAUGGGAAGCGCAUGGGUGGGUUACUUUUCAUACCUGCUCUAAUGGGAGAAAUGUUUUGGGCUGCAGCAAUACUUUCAGCAUUAGGUGCCACCAUUAGUGUCAUUGUGGAUAUAAACAUCAACAUUUCCGUAGUAGUCUCUGCUUUGAUUGCCAUAUUUUAUACACUUGUCGGUGGACUCUACUCUGUUGCAUACACGGACGUUGUGCAAUUAUUCUGCAUCUUCAUUGGGCUGUGGAUCAGCGUUCCCUUUGCGAUGACUCAUCCAGCCGUUACAGACAUUACAGUGACAGCGGUGAAGGAAGUCUACCAGCAGCCAUGGCUUGGCAGCAUAAAGGCCGCUGAUGUCUGGUCUUGGCUUGACAGCUUCUUGUUAUUGAUGCUGGGAGGUAUCCCUUGGCAAGCUUAUUUCCAGAGGGUUCUUUCUGCCUCUUCUGCUACAUAUGCUCAAGUUCUCUCAUUUUUAGCUGCAUUUGGAUGCUUAAUCAUGGCUAUUCCUUCAGUGCUAAUUGGAGCGAUAGGAGCAUCUACAGAUUGGAAUCAGACUUUAUAUGAGCAUGAUGAUCCACAGAGCCAUGAAGAAGCAGAUAUGAUACUUCCCAUCGUACUACAGUAUUUGUGUCCUCCAUAUAUCUCCUUCUUUGGUCUUGGUGCUGUAUCUGCUGCUGUGAUGUCAUCAGCUGACUCAUCCAUCUUAUCUGCUAGUUCCAUGUUUGCUCGGAAUAUAUAUCAGCUCUCAUUUAGGCAAAACGCAUCAGAGAAGGAAAUUGUCUGGGUCAUGAGGAUAACUGUGUUUAUAUUUGGAGCAGCAGCUACUGCCAUGGCACUUCUGGCUAAAUCAGUGUAUGGACUUUGGUACCUCAGCUCUGAUCUUGUCUACAUUAUCAUCUUCCCACAGUUGCUUUGUGUAUUAUUCAUCAAAGGGACCAACACAUAUGGCUCUAUCGCAGGAUAUGUUUUUGGUGUUUUAUUAAGGAUAAGCGGAGGUGAACCAUAUCUACACUUACAGGCUUUCAUAUGCUAUCCUGGCUGCUAUCCAGAUAAGAAUAACAUAUAUUUGCAACGAUUCCCAUUUAAAACUCUUUCCAUGGUGGCUUCUUUUCUAUCCAACAUAGCUUUCUCUUACUUAGCAAAAUAUAUAUUUGAAAAGGGGAUAUUAUCACCAAAGUUUGACUUUCUCAAUGCUGUUGUGGCCAAACACAGUGAAGAAAACAUGGACAAGACAACUCUUGUAAAAAGUGAUAACAUAGUUUUGUCUGAGUUGGCACCUGUCAAACCAAGACAAAGUCUAAGUCUACCUUCUACAUUCACCAACAGAGAAGCAAUCAGUGACUUAGACUCAAGCCCAGAAUCUCCUGACUCUGAAAACAAGGAACUGUGAUAUAGCCACGACAAAACGAUUGCAAUGAAAAAUGUGUACAAUGAUAAACGAGGGGUAAGCAGUAUUUUAUCCCAAAUAUGUGUUGUCACAAUACUAUUUCCAUUGCACAAUUCAGAACAGGCUUCUCUGAAGUCAGCCUCUGAUACUGUAACAUCUUGUUCUGCACUGUUUGGUCCCUGGCACAGAUGGUCUACCUAAUGGUUUGAUGUUUUAUAUUGUAGUUUGUUUGAUUUUGCUAAGUGGUGUAGCAAUAAAUCUUGAGAGUAGGUUAGUAAAGAAGUCUACAUCCAGUCAGAAUUUAAUAACAUCACAAUUCAAACCAGGUAUAUUACCUCGUGUGUAUGUAUGUAUAUAUUAGUAUACAGUAUAUGAAUAUUAUAUGGGCAAAAUAAUCAAAUAGUUUUAUUUUCUAAGUGGAAGUGCAAAACAAAUGCCAUUUUAAAUUUAUUUUUAUAUAAUUUAAUAACACCAGCGUUUUUGCACUAUUUUUCAAAUGUUAAGGUUUCUUGGUAACUACAGUCAUACAUAAUCAUGUUGGUUCAUAAUAGUCAUUGAGUUGUAGAUCAACAAAAGCUGGAAGGUCACAGCAUAGAUUUCAGUGGUUUCAACCACAAUAAAAUGAAACUUUUUCAGUGUCUAUAAACUUCUUGACAACACAGAAUCACAAAGGACAAGAGUUAUAUAUAGUACUAUAUAAUAUUAUAUUGAAACAGAACCAAAGUUACUGGGUGGGUUCAGUAUAAGGAACUUGCACGUCCCAGCUACUCAAUGUGUACCCUAAAUUGCAAUGUGUUGCCUCUCAUUGCUAAUUUCCAAUAGGGUUUAUAUUUGUAAACUUCCAACUAUAAGUAUUUGUUCUCAGCAUAUUUUAGAAAAGGUUUUUAAUUACACACUAACUAUUCCUGGAAUAUUUUAAACUGUUAACUGUUACUGUUACUGUUGCUGUUGUUACUGCUGAGCAAAUAAUGUUAAAACUUAGGCUAUAUGGAAACCUACCCAGUGUUGGACUGGGAGCCAGGGGUUCACCAGAAAACCUUAGACCAUGGACCCACUCUCCAAACUCUUCCUCCUCUUUUCUCUUUAUUCAAACUCUUUAUUCUCCACUCUUUUUUCAGCGUACUUUACUCUUUUCUUCCAUCUAUUAAUCAUCUAUGUUCCCAUGAUGAAAUAGAAAAAGAUCACGAAUAGGCCAAAUGUAUAGAAGCUUUGGAAGUUUUCCUGGAAUCUAGGUUGGCCAGAAUGACAUGGAGUGUAUCCAUACCGUGCUCUUCUCCAGACACCUGGCUAAAUGUUUCAUUGUCUGAGUGCCUCUGUAACACCAUAAAAUGAAAGUUUUUAAGUAAUGAAAAUAAAAUGUAGUGUUGUGCUGCACUGGUAAAAACUGUGUGUUUGAUUCAGAAACAUGGAGACAGCCAUUUAAGCUGGCAAAAAGAGGAAAGGCACAGGAUACCCAGCAGAUAACAGAUUAGCUCUGUAGUAUAUAAUGGGAAUUUUUUAACUUUUCAAUUAUCUACUAUGUAUCCUGCGCUUGAAUGGCUGCCCCAUUGCUACACAGCAGCUUGAUUAUAUAAACUAUAGUUGUGUAUCUACCGGUUUUACCAGUGCAGGGCACUGGUGUUAUUGUUUCUUUAAUUAUAAGGGUUUUAGGGUUUGUUGGCUACAAAAAUGCAUCCUAAUGACUAAUUACAAAAUGUGAUAUCACUCUAGGGGAGAUGAACCUACAUCUACAUAAAAUGAAGCACCACUAUUAAACAUACAUUAGGAACAUCUAAAACAUGGGGUUUUAUAACAUUAAACAAUUGCUAUUACAAUACAGACUGAAUGCUAAUCUCUUUUGAAUGGGCAUACUUGGUUGGCAAUAGGGAUGUAGCGAACAGUUCGCCUGCGAACUUGUUCGCGCGAACUUCGACCGUUCGCGUCCG